GGAGCGACUUAUAUAAAGAUAAAACGGAAUUACGGAACAUCACAUACUAUUACAAAUGUAAACCAGUUUCAUAAUUUUUAUUUUCUAAUAUUAAAAAAAAUGGCUAUGAAAGCUUAUGAAGACGCGUGUAUGAGAGCGGAAUUAUUCGGCCAACCGAAACCGGAUAGAGAAGAGUUUUUAUCAAAACAUAAACAUUUGGAUGUGGUUGAAUUUGAAGAAGUUGAUAUAAAGACAACAGAGAAUACGGCGAUGCUGAACGAUGACCUGCAUCGUGCGAGUGGAGGUCUUGCCGAACUGAAUACCAGACUGAACUCUACUCAAACCAAGCUUAAUCGUCUUAGGGGUGUCUGCGGUAGCGUCACAAACUUUUUUCGUAUAAAGCUCUCUGCAAAGGAUAACUUAUCUUACUCAAGUGAACCAAGCUACAUCGGACAGACGAAUUAUGAUAAAGAUUAUAUACCGCCAAAAAGUUCGGAUGUCGGCUUUAUAAAUAAAGGCCUUGGUCCCGACGAUAAUGAAAUGACGCCACAUACGAAAAAACCAAAACAGAACAAAUGCGAUAUCAAUUCAGCCUUAGCGGAUUUGGAAUCUAUGGAAAUAGUCGAAAAUAGUUCUUUGUUUGCUAAAACGGCUGUAAUCGAUCAUCGUAAGCAAGUUUCUUCUCAAAGUAGUAAAUUAGAUAAUUUGAUAAUACAGGCCGAGAGGGCUGAAGCGUCUUUGAAAAGUCAAAAUCGACAAAUAAGGUCGUUCUUGCGAUAAUAGAGAACAAAAAAAUUAAAAAAAGAAUCAAAUAUAUGCCAAAUUAAUUUGAAUAUAAAUUGUUUAUUGUCAAUUGAAUACGCUUGAUACGUAUAGCAAUAUAUUUUGUUGAUAUUUGUUUAUAGGAUAAAAAAGUAAAUAAAUUACUUAAAAAUUAUUUUGCUACAGAUAAUUCAUUUGCUUAAAUGUGAUAUAUUUAUUUUUUAAUAAUUAAGACAAUUUUUAACAAGAGAAAAAGUCUAUAGUAUGAAUAUUUAAUUGCAUAAUAGUUGUUUUAAUUAAAGUUAAAUAAAAUGUAACUAAAAAUUGUAGUCAUCGAAUAUUAUACAGAAAUAAGAAAAUCUACUAAAAAGGCUUUCUUUAUUAUUUGAAUGUCUAUAACAAUAAUUACUUUUGCGAAUGUACUUACAGAUACUUGAAAUAAAAACAAAUGAAUUUAUCGAGA